GGCGUCGUGUCCAACAACGAGCAGGGCUCUUUCUCUCUUUCUGUCUUUCUUAUCAUCGGCCUUUGACCCGCUCUUUCUCAAUUUACCUUGCUGGAGAUGAAGUUCUGGCCAUCGUGGACCAAACUGACCCGUCUACCAUGCUCUCUACUUGUUGUGUCACUGGCACUCGUGGCCAUCGCAGUUCCUGUUGAAUCCGCAGAAGCGGAAGACAAUCUCAAACCAGCUCUAACCCCGGAAAACUUCAAGGACACUGUGGCCACUGGAUACUGGUUUGUAGAGCAUUUCUCCCCAUGGUGUCCGCACUGCAGAGCCUUUGCACCUAUGUGGGCCCAACUCAACGAGGAGUAUGAAGGUUCAGUGGUCAACAUGGCGCAGGUCAACUGUGCUGUCAAUGGAGACCUCUGCUCUGAGAACAAGGUCAACGGAUAUCCGCAGAUAAAUCUCUACAAGGACGGUGUCCUUGUAGAGACGUUCAAGGGCUCCCGCGAUCACGACAGAAUUGCUGACUUUCUGAAGACACAUACGUCCGUUACACUUCCUAUCACGCCACCUGAGUCAGCUGCGCCACCCGCACCUCCCGUAGUCGAAGAGCCCGAAAUACCAGAGGAGCCAGCUAUCGUCUACAAUCCCAUUGGACAGGUCCUGAAGUUGACUCCGGAGACUUUUUCUACACUUGCAAAAGAGGGCAAUAUGUUUGUCAAGUUCUUUGCUCCUUGGUGCGGCCACUGCAAGAAGCUCGCUCCCAUCUGGGAGACCCUUGCUCAUGAUAUGCGCGGCAAGAUGACAAUCGCGGAAGUCAACUGUGACGACCAUAAGAGUCUCUGCUCGAAGCAAGGCGUCGAUGGAUAUCCUAUGCUCUCGUACUACGCCCCGGGUGGUCAGAAGACUGACUUUACCGGGUCCCGAAAGCUUGACUCCCUCAAAUCAUGGACCAACAGAGUUGUAAAGCCGACAACUCAAGAACUCGAAUUUGAUAACCUUUCGGAGGUUAUGGGCGAGAAUGCUGUCAUUUACUUAUUCCUUUACCAGCCAGGAGACAUACGUAUCUUGAACACAGUCACCAAGGCCGCUCGCAUCCUGCUUGGUUCACCUCCCGUCUUCACUUCGACGUCCAACGCAUUUCUCAAUCACAUCUCCAUACCUCGCACAUCUGACUCUCCUUAUCCUCUCCUCGUUGCCUUGAAAGACGGUGAUUCCAUCUCGCCAACAUCAGUUCUCUCCAUCUCUUCAAAGACGCCUUUGGCGGAAAUCAGCUCUUGGUUCAUCGAUAACCGUCUUCCCAUCGCCGCCGAACUAGGCGACGGUACCUUCCAAGAAGUCAUGAAUGCGCCCAGCAAGCCCCUUGUUAUUUUGACUUCCGUGCCCACCGAGGGACAGGAGCGAGACGACUUGAUCCAAAAGAUCAAGGAAAUUGGCACGAGGUGGCGGAAGAGGGAUGAUUCUGAAAAGACGGUUGGUGAGAGGGCUGUGGUGUUCACGUGGAUGGAUGGCCAGCGAUGGGCAAAGUGGUUGAAGAGUAUGUACGGGGUCUCAGAGGUCGGUGGCGUGGUCAUUGCCGAUCAUGGAAAACUCCUCUACUUCGACACUGAGCCUACCGGGAAGAAGACGAGCCUUACAACGGAGUCUAUUUUCGCAUCCCUCCAAGGUGUUAUGAGUGGCAAGACAAGCCCCAAGAACUCCGAGAACAUGAUCGAGCGCAUGGCUAGGUAUCUGAACGACAAACUCACGUCGGUCGAAUCUGUCAUCAAGGACCAUCCGAAGAUGACCAUCUUCAUCUUCAUGGUCGCCAUCGUUGGUCUCAUCUACGGCAUUAAGAAAGCUAUCUUUGACGACAACGGUGACCAAUACUAUCAGCAUCUCAAUGGCAAGGCAGGACGGCUGGAUUAGUUGCAUUUGUAUAUCUUUGUCAUGUGGGAUUUGUGCGGACUUUGUGCGAGCUUUGCACCUCGGAAGGCUAUGGGCACUGGCGGCUGACUGUCGUUAUUUAUUUGUACUCACGUUUAACCUCGUAGUUGAUGCUUAAUUGGAUUUGACUCUGAACUUC